ACUUUUUCUGGUUACUAUUUCCGUUUUCUAUGUCCAUUUUUAAAACAAGACUUAACUUUUUAAAUUCUUUCUAAACCCUGAGUAUGUCUAUGGAAUGGAAUUAUAAUUUGAAGCAACAUGUAUUUUUUCUCAAGUUUCAGUCAAGAUUGGUUAUGGUUGCCUUGGAAUACACAGAUACGUGGUCUGAUCUGUCGACUACUAAAUCUUUAUAUCAGCAGUAAGGCUGUUUUCCUUUUUAAAUAUUUGUAUAUUCCCUGGAGUAGCACUUUUUAUCUCCUUCAAGAACUUUUUAUUUUCAUUCACAGCUUGGCUGACUGGUGCAAAAGGUCUAGCUUUCAGGCUACCUUGGCUUUCAACAUGCCUUCCUCUGUAAGCUUCAUCAUUUCUAGCUUUUAAUUUAAAUUGAGACAUGCGACUCUUCCUUUUAUUUGAAUAGUUAGAGGCCAUUGUAGGUUUAUUAAUUAGUAUAAUUUUAAAUUGUUGUGUCUCAGGGAAUAGGGAGGCCCGAGGGAGAGGGAGAGAGACGGGGGACAACUGGUUGGUGGAACAGUCAGAACAUAUACAGCAUUUAUUAAGUUUUGCAUCUUAUAUGGGCACCACAAAAUAAUUAUAAGAAUAACAUUAAAAACCACUGAUCACCAUCACAAUAAUGAAAAAGUUAGAAAUAUUGUGAGAAUAAUAAAAAUGUGAAGUGAGCAAAUGCUGUUGGAAAAAUUGGGGCUGAUAGACUUGGUCGGCAGAGGGUUGCCACAAACCUUCAAUUUGUAAAGAACACACAGUAUCUGUGAAGCACAGUAAUACAAAGAGCAAUAAAAUGAGGGAUACCUACACAUAAAAAAAUUAACAUGCCCAAGGCGAUCUACUUGGUAAAGUGAGUGGGUUAUUUUAUACAUUCACAAUUACAAAGGAAAAAUUAACAAUGUGAAUGUGGAUGGAAGUCUGGGGAAGAGCUGUGUUGACUCUAAUGUUCUGCCUUUCUUGAGUUCAGCCCACUUGUUAAACUUCUCAGUUCAAAGUUAACUUACUUAACUAACUUAACAUCUUUUACUUAGUCGAAUGAUAAGUUUGAGAAUUAUAAAAACUGUUUUUAGAAUCUUCACUUCUUCCCACUAUUUAAAUCUUUCUUGUUGUGAGGGAUAUCUUUUAAAUAAAAAAUAGGUGAAAAUACUAUUGGGGUAACAAGGCACAUAAACUAGUCAUAUACAAUGUAGUUGUCUCUACUAGUUGUAACAAAUCACUACAGUACUUCAAAUAGCAUAUUUCUUUGUAAAACUAUGGAAGAAUUUUUCUAAUGCUAUAAUUCUCUUACAGUUUGGUUUUUUUUUUGCUUGGAUGCUUUCUGUAAAAAAAGAUGACUGGAAAGUUAAUUUUUCCUGGGUUUGAAAGAUGUUGGGAUGGAGGAAUAAUAGAAAAAUUUUUAAAAAUAUUUAUAGUAUUAUUUAAAAUUUAAAAUUAUAACGAAAUGUCAGAGAUCUCAUUAUAUGAUAUUUAAUUUAGAGAUCACUUAAUGAAAUAAGUAUAUUUCCUCAGCAGAGGUUACAGAUGGAAAAGUUCCAAUUGCUUUGUGGAUGCCACAAUGUGAGACAUUAGUGCAGGAAAAUCCGUUAUAUUUAAUGGUUAAUUAAAAUUAGAUCCUCUAGGAGCGUGUCCCUGCGGGCUGGCCUGCGCCACCUGGUACCGGAACUCCAAGUGGGCGGGACCCACUCCUGGCUGACUGCUCAUGUCUCUGCAGAGCCGAGUCCCUGGCCCCCUGGCACAACUGUGUUUGGCGGGACAGCUGCUUAGUGCCCCACGCCCCUGGCCAGGCACCUCAGCCUGUGCCAAGUGGACCCGCAGCAGUGCAUGCGGUCCUCCGGCGUCCCCUGAUGCCAACGGGCCCCGCACGCGGACCCCAGCGGGAGUUGGGGCUUGGGAGGCGCUGGCGGUAGGGCGGAGAGCUGGGGUGUGCACCUGGGCCCCCCUGGCCUUGGCGGCGAAAGUGGACCCGAACACCUGCACCAACUGGAAGGAGGCAAAAUCCUUUCUGAAGGGCCUGAGUGACAAGCAGCGGGAGGAACAUUACUUCUCCCAGGACUUCAUCAGGCUGAAGAAGAUCGCGACCUGGAAGGAGACGGCGAAAGGGUUGACCCCGAAGGUGGAGGAGCCCAAGUACAAAAAGGACAAGCAUCUCAAUGAGAAGAUCUCCCUGUUGCGAGGCGAUAUCACCAAGCUGGAGGUGGACGCCAUUAUCAACGCCGCCAACAACUCCCUGCUCGGAGGCGGCGGUGUGGACGGCUGCAUUCACCGGGCCGCUGGGCCCCUCCUCACCGCGGAGUGCCGGACCCUGCAGCACUGCGAGACUGGGAAGGCCAAGAUCACCAGCGGCUAUAGGCUGCCGGCUAAGUAUGUCAUCCACACGGUGGGGCCCAUCGUCCGCGGAGCGCCCAGCGCCAGCCAGGCUGCCAAGCUCCGCAGCUGCUACCUGAGCAGCCUCGCCUUGCUGCUGGAGCACCAGCUCCGCUCCGCCGCCUUCCCGUGCAUCUCCACCGGAGUGUUUGGCUUCCCCAACGAGGCAGCUGCAGAGGUGGUGCUGGUCACGCUGCGCGAGUGGCUGGAGCAGCACAAGGACAAGGUGGACCGGCUGAUCAUCUGUGUGUUUCUGGAGAAGGACGAAAACAUCUACCUGCAGCGGCUCCCCCACUACUUCCCAGUGGCCUGACCAGGUCUGAGUUGCUGCACACCCUGACCAGGGGGAGUCGCCUGGGCCUGCUGGACCUUGCUCCCAGCUCUAAGAGGUCGCUGAAGCCGGCAGCUGGGCCUGGGCCCGGCCACCCCACCCUGUCCCUCAGCCCCCUGCCCCUCAGCAGCCUCCUAAUAAAGC